UAGUGUGCUUUUGAGACGUUUACAAAAAAACGUUUCUUUGCCGAUUGCCGUGUUAUCCUAUUUAUCGAGUGAGUAUAAAAAGGCUCACUGUUGGUCUCUAUCUCAUUCUUCGUGGACACUCGACCAACAAUGAAGUGCUCGACUGUCCGGGUGUUAAUGCUAAUGGUUAGUAUCCAGUCGGGACAUGUAUCGCUGUCUAUUAUCCCUUCACGCUGGCCAGCUACCCAGUACGGGGGCAUGGAAGGGGUUGUGAGUAGCCCAAUCCGUUUGGCACGAGAAGUUAACGAGACCGUGGAUCCUGAGGACCAGACAGAGAAAAUUCUUUAUGCCAAAAGUAAUCAGUAUCCUUUUAUGGUGGGAAUUUUUACAUUCAGAGAGGAAUUUCACCGUUUCGCAUGUGGAGGUUCGUUAAUAAGCUCCAAUAAAAUCUUGACAGCUGCCCACUGUGUUACUUACAACAAUACUAAAAUUUCCAUGGAACUUGUGCGAUUGAAAGUCAAACUUGGUAUGCACUUUUUGAACAGCACGUCGGAUGAUGCUGAAUUGACGGUGGAUGUUAGGCACAUUAAAAUCCACGAAUACUAUAACCCUAAGAAUAGACUUAAUAAUAUCGCGAUCUUGACGCUCGGAGCAGACAUUGAAACAACGAAGACAAUAUCAACUGUUUGCUUGAUGCCAGAUGGUUAUUACGAUUAUAAAGAUAUGUUCAUCACGAUGGGAUGGAUAACCACACCGAGCCAGUGGAAUAAUACGGAUCGUCUUUGGCACUCCAUGUUGAUGCCCUGGCCAUACUCAUUUUGGAAAGAUGAAUAUUUGAGUUUAGGUUUCAAGCUUACCGAUCGUAUGUUUUAUGCAUCUUGGAACGGAGAAUUCGGGUGUAGACAUGACGACGGUAGUCCAAUGAUCGUGUCAUAUGGCAAUGUAGCCGCGUCGAAUUUCCUCAGUGGAUGCCGUUACAUGCAAGUUGGCAUUGCCAGCAUUGCUCGUGGUUGUUUCAAACCGAAACUGCCGGGGGUUUAUACCAGUGUUGAAAAGUUCAUGCCCUGGAUAAGGGAAAAUGCGCCGGAUGUUAUUGCUGCAUCGCUACCUAUCCGGGGAAUAGAAACUUCAUCUGAAACCGACGUCACCAUCGAUCCGGAAUUUUUAAUAUAAUUCUUUUGGUUGAUAUUAAAUUGUGAAUCGGUUUGUAUCAUUAAAAAUAGGAAAUGAUUAUUUAAGAUAAUUAUAUGCUUUAAUAUUGCUAUAUCUCUAUG